AUGAUAGACCAAGGCCAUCGAUUUACCUCAUGGCCGCUUGUGCCCGGUCUGGAUGGCGCCGGGGUGGUUGACCAGGUCGGCGCAGCAGUGGAACGGUUCAGUCCGGGCGACAGAGUCGCUGCCCUCUUUGCCCCUGGGGAUCGAAGUGCCUCUUAUCAAGAGUUUUCAGUGGUGAAGGAAACCUCUGUGGCCAAAAUUCCGGACGCGUGGUCGUUCGAAAGUGCCGCAAGUCUCGGGGUUUCUUAUCUUACUGCCGUUAUGGCACUUGGGGGGGGCUUGCAGUCUCCUCUUCCGUUUCUCGAGAAUGGGCCAACCACGGGUUUCGUCCCUUCGAGUGUUCUGGUCCUGGGCGGUAGCUCUGCUCUUGGUGCUGCUGUAGUUCAAUUGCUACGUCUUUCACUGCCUGGCAGCAGAGUAUUCACUACGAGCUCACCAAAGCACCAUGCGUAUCAAAAGCAAGUCCUCGGUGUUGAUCAAGCUUUCCCGAGAGAGUCUCCUUCUUUAGUCGACGAUGUUAAAUCAGCCACGGAGGGAGGCUGUGGUGUGGAUGCGAUAAUCGAUGCUGUCGGCGCUGGGGCGACCCAAUCCAAAAUUUUCGAAGCCUUCAAUAAAGAUGGCCCAAAGCGAUAUGCGCAAGUCUGGACCGGAGAUGACGAGAUUCGGGUACCGGACGGUGUGGACUCGGUUUUAUUCCGCAGUCGCGACCUUCCGCAAAUACAAGGCCACGAAAAUGUCAUGAAGGCAUUGCAAGGUCUGUUAGAAGAUGGGAAGUAUCGUCCGCCUCUACCACUGCGCGUUGUUGGACGAGGUUUACCAGGCUUGAAGGAAGGCCUGGAUAUCAUCCGCGGGGGUGUCAGUGGGGAAAAGCUAGUGGUCAAUCUGUGA